ACAAAUUGUUUUGUAGGUUGACUGCAUCAUCGUUCGAUAUCAGUUUACAUUUGAUGACAAUAUUUAUCUCGAGAAUUGAAUUACACAAUGUUUACAACGUAUAUGUAAUCUUUUUGCUGAUUGAGUGCUAUAUGUGAGUAUGUUGUUUGGAAAUUGAUAAUUUUGAUUAACAAGACCAUUACACAUUGUGUUGAUUACAAUUGUGUGGUUAAAGUGGAUUUAGAUACAAUUCACUGUUCUCUUUUUCUAUUACCGGUUUAUCAAUUUAUCAAACGGUGAUUUUCUAUUUUACACUUUAUUAUAAUAAAUAGGAAAUUUGUAACGGGUGUGCGAGUAAUCUUUUGUUUGAUGAUAUUCCUGGUACAAAUCAUCAGACGUAUCAAUUAAGUCAAUAUUGUAGGCCGUAUAUAUGGCAACGUUUGUAGUUAUCUUUCAAUUGCUCACAGAUCCAUUGAGCCGUGUAUGCAAACCUAUGUAAGUAAAAUAAUUGUAGUACGUGUUACUAUGUACUAGUGCAAGUGACUACAAAAGUCUACUUGGCGAUAACAACGAGGCGUUCGAACAAAUAAGCGGCAUUACAUCAAAGCGGCAUAACACGCUAACGGAAAUGCAGUUUUUGCGCGUCUCUUUGUGUAUCAAUUUUAGAUAAAUCAAAUGGAAUUGAUCAUACAGGUGACAUCUUUUUAUUAGUAACAAUAAGGACUAGAUGAACGUAGCGAAAGAGUUAAAUUAUCCGCAUAGUUACACCGGUGAUUUUUUUCAGUGUUUAUUCAUCGACGCUAAGAUAUUUUAGUUGAUGAUUCGAUUUAAUCUUGUUGCAAUCUCUUCUUCCGAAUCAUGCGUACCGAUUUCCUUGCUCAUGCAUCAGAGAAUCGCUUUGUCCCGGUAGUGAAAGAAACGAAAGUAAUUGAAGCAACUACAUAUAUCGAUAAAAAGACAAGAGUCCUUCGUCUUUCGUGUUUCUUUGUAACGUUGAAAUGUUAAAUCGGUACAGGAGAAGAAGAGAAGAAACUGAUCGGUAGCACAAGCCGGCUUUACGAACACGUCCGGGGGACCCCGCGUAACCAGCCUGUGAUUGGUCGAGCCGUGUACCACGUGGCGUCGUAGCUCGGGUGGGGAUUGGCUAGUACGUCUGCGCACCGCGGGCGAAAGCGGCGAGUUUUGUUCUAGUAUUUACCCCGCGGUGUAAAGUUGGCUCUCGCGCUCUCCGGUGUCCUUAAGUCACGUUCCAUUGUCCGCGUCGUUUGUCCAAGUGCAUUUUUCAAUCGUACAGUAUCCACGGUUGUUCCCGGUCCUCGUGGGUUUCAGUGGUGAACACGCCGUACGAAAUAGUGCGCCAUGUUCGCGCCGCGAGUGGCGUGCGAUGCACCGGCUAGCGUGGCAAGUGAUGGGUUUUCAUCGUGACGCAGUUAGUGUGUGCAUAUAAACACCAUCCUGGAGUUUAUUCGUCUUGUGAAUGUGUGGAUAGUGUGUGAUUUACGCGUUCCUGUCGUUAGGAAGGCAAAAGUCUAACGGUUGGAAAACAACGAGGCGAAAGCACGCUGUGGGACUGUGGAAUGCACGCUGACAGAAAGAGGACACUUGGCGGCCGGAAGGGUUCGAGGGUAGAGCCAUGAGGGCCAGCGUGGAAUUACGGAAAGAAGGUUUACAGUUCGGUGAAACGGUUAAUGAGUGGAAAUCACCGAACACGGCUGGCUACGUCUCUGUCUCCCCUGGCUGGAGAUGAGCACGAAGGAGCUGAGCACGAUGACAACCACGAUGAGUACUACGAGCACUUUACGAUCAUCACCGAAGCUCGAUGUCGCAGCCGAGGACGACGAAGAGCCACCGACCCCGUUCGAAUCCCUGGACAUGGACCUGGUGAACGGACCGAAUCCAUGGCUUCCGGCCUACGGUUUCCAGCUACAACAUCGUACCCACUUCCAGUCUACACACGAGGAUCUACGGGCUAAUGAUACGGUGCUGGUGCAACAGGUGGAUUUUUUAGAGACCAUUCUAGAAGAAACAUCCGACGAUUUGCAAAGCGAUUCUGACCGUAGCGGGACCACUUAUUGGGUCGGUUCUGAUUCCGAGACUGAAAGUGUGAUACACAUUAGAGCGAAGCAGAAAUUAGCAGACGACCGGCUGGAUGGCAGCGGAAGCGACUGCAACUCGGUGGUGCCUAAGAAGAGGCGCCGGAAGUACAAUGGUACCAGCGAUCGCGAUCAUCAGGUGAGCUUGGACGACGAUUAUCCAGCAUCGCCCAGGUCGUCGAGAUCAUCCGCGUCGUCGAGAUCGAGUUCCCUCCUACAAUUCGAGUCUUUGGAGAGGACUUGUGCCACCUUGUCGCCUUCCAGCUACAGCUUCGAUUCUCUGGAAUAUCCUAACCGUUCGAAUCCCUGUCAUCCCGAGAACACGUCGCCGGACAGUCUGGAACAGGACUACGAUAAGGUUCUGCCGAACGGAUUCGGGAGUACCGUAGAUCAUUUCUCGAGGAUCAGGCCUUAUCGUAGUUUCGAGAGUCUGGAUACGUGUCAGAAGGAGGAGGGAUUCGGCAAUGGGGGUCUGACUAAUGGAUUCACACCCUUGUACCUGAAACGAAAUACGGAUCUGUCCAGGACCAGAAACAAUAGGCAUUGUCCAAGGGACUUUUGGCACGAAGACGACGACGAAUACGAGGACGAAGAAGACCUGGACGAAGAUCUGUACGAAAAUGAUCGAACGUUAAACGAGAAUCGAACGAGUUGCGAGAUGGACGAUCGUCUGACGGUGUUCGGCGAUUCGGUAUGCAAUUACGCCACCUCGAUGGACUAUAGAAACACGAUCGAUCUGCGCGAGAUCGGGAUCGAAUCGAAGAGGGACGCCCUGUUGGAUCUGAAGUCUGGCCAGGCAGCCGUGUCGAGUUCCUUUCGUCUGUUGCAGACCAGGUUAAAUAUAGCCGGUGGUAUGGCGCACGCUCGCAACAACAUGGUCGCCGAUCAUCAUCCUCGUAAUCAUCAUCAUCAUUAUCAUCAUCAACAGCAUCAAGAAGAGGAGCAGCAAGAGGAGCAGCAGCGGUACGGUUACGAGGAGCACGAGCCGCGGCAGCACCAACGUCAAGGGUGGAGCAAGGAGGAGUGCUUUAAUUUUAGAUUCACGGAUAAAUCUCAAAGCGCGCCCAGUCUGCCUAGUACCGUCGACCAGUCCGCACACGGUUUGUGCUCGUUAGCUGGUUACUCUUCCUCCUCGAGGGUUACCUCUUUCGUUUCCACCUCGAAUCUAUUCGAGAAUUACACGAGAGUAGCCAGCGUGCCGGUCGACCUGAAUCUCUGCGGUGUUUCCUUGCUGCACGAGGAUGAUGAUAGGCGGCAGUCUGCUCGAGUGAGUCUGCACGAUCACGAAAUGGCGGAGGUGGAGAAACGGUUGGACAGCGUGGAGGAGGAAGAGGAGACGAAGGGUGGUUCGUUGACCAGUUCAGUCAGGACGCAAGCUCCUCAGGGUGUGAUGGUUGACGUCAAAGGGGACGCGAAGCUCGAGGAAAAGGAUAGUACGAAACCGAGGGAGAAGAAACAAAUGACAUCGACGGUGAAGACGCAGGAUCGUGGAAAUUGCGUGCUCGACAUUGCCCUGGCGAUCGAGAACGAUGUGGAUGCCGCGAUCGACGAUGCGAUGAAACAAUUCAAGCGAGACGUGUUAGAAGCUAACGUCUCGAACGGUAAUGGCAUUCAGAGAACGCCCUCGGGUAGACCUCGAAAGGUGAAGAACACCGCCAGCUACGAAUUGGCUCAGCAAUUUGAGGUCGACGAGCGAAGCUUUCGUGCUAGCAUGUUGCGCAAGGAUUUCGGUAAUGAAAACGAGAAAAGCCCGAAAUCGCAGAGGAGCAGCGGCAAGAAACGAGUAUUGAACAACGCCAGUUACGAGUUGGCCCAGCAGUGCGAUUACAUAAAGGCACUGCAGUCGUCGAGGGGCGCUUUCCAGAGAAUGGACGCAUGCGACGAACUGGAGGAAUCCGGCCGAUCCUCGCGGCUCUGGGUCACCGACAUAGUGCAACAGAUGAGCAGCCAUUCGACGUCGAAUUUGACCAAUCAUUACGUCGAGCCUUCUCCGGACACGAGGAAGUAUUCCAAAUCAACGGAGAACCUUACCGCUCAAUUCUCCGCGGGACCGUUCACCAGGAUCCCGAUCGAUCAGCUGGGCCAGCGAUUGAAAAAGCAGCAGCAGGACGAAACGAUCCUGAGCCAGAUAAAAAAAAACUCGGAUCCAUUUUCAGUUUAUGGAGAAGAUCCUAACGCACGUGCCUUAGUAAACGACGAGAUAGAUUAUCCCUGCUUGGAAACCAAACCCAUAGGAACUUUCAGCCCGGAGGGGGGCGUAAAACCUCAGCAAUCCACCCCAGUACACGAAAACGUAUCCCAAGACGAAUCACAUCGAAUCACCGUAUCGAACGCGUUCCACGAGCACCGGAAGGAUCCGGAUCCGAGCAGCGUGGCGGACAAUUCGAAGAAAUGUUUCAUCGGUGACUUUUAUCCGGAAAAGAUCGUGCGGUUGCAGUCGCAAGAGGAGGAGGAGGAGGAGGUUGAGAGAAAUGGCGGGAAGGAGGAAAAUUCAUGGCCCCCGUGCAACAGGAACGCUGGCGAACGUCUAUGGAGGGUCAUAGUGGAAAAGCAGGUCGCCGAGAAGGAAUCUUCCACGGAGAAGGUUCCAAACGAGCAAGAGGGGGAGGGUAAAGUGAAAGAAAGAGAAUCAGAAGAAGAGGAGAGGAAGAGGAAAGAAGCGAGGGGACAGACUGUCCACGUUGUUCGUUCCCCACCACCCAGCGGUAGCAGCGGUAACAGCGACCGCCUGGAACCUACUGAACGGAGUGGGAAUCCAGCGGUGGCCGUGGCAGUUGAUACGAAUGAUCGCGGUGAUCGCGACAAACGCGACGAGGAGAACGCUCCGGCAACAACAACCGCGCCGCCGGUGGUCAGGGUAGACGAGCCGACCAUGUCGACUACCAGCACGACGAAAAGAGGGUUCGUCGCGGCUCCCUCGAAAAAGGAACUACCCCCGACGAAAUUUCAAAGGAACACGAUCGUCGACUCGUCGUCCGCGACCAUGGCCAAGGAGGAGAGAAAGAAAGGCGGACUAGGUGGCUUUCUUCAACGUUUCUCCAGGCUACGGUUCAGUGGUAGGUCGAAAGUGCCGCGGUCCGAGGUGCAGAAAAAAAGUGACACUCACGGCCAAGUGAAUCGCGCCCAAGUGAUCGAGGAAAAGACUAAAAAGGAGCCGGAUUAUAUCAUCAUUCCGUUGCAUCCACCGGAAGAUGAGAAACGGAAGGAGGGUCAGGUGCACGCGGAGAGCAGAACCGAUUCGGAUAACAACAGGACCGUCGGUGAUGUUCAGAGAAGUUCUUCCAAUAUCAGUGCGAACGGGAGGGCGCCAGUGUCCAGCAAACCACCCCUGCCUCCGCAGCCACCCCGCGUCGGGGCGCUGAGUUCGAGAACGUCGACGGGCGCGUCGUCGUCGUCGGCGACGGUGUGUUCGUCGCGCCGACGCGCGGCCACGGACCUUGGAAAUCCGGCGGCCAUCGAGAUGGCGAAAGCCCGUACGAUGCAGGCCGCCCAGGAGCGCCCGGUCGGCCUGCUCGAGACCGACCUCGACGAGGCCGUGCCGUCGACCACCAGCACCGCCUCCACCAACGCCACCGGGAAGAAGACCAGAAGCCUGCUAAAUCUGAAUCACAGCUCGACCGUGCCGAGACCGAGGCCAGAGCACGCCCUCCACGUACCCCAGUCGCCUGUCGCCGCUUCGCACAGGAGCCCCCGCGACGACGACCCCGCGUCCACCAUCAACCAACGGCCACACAAAUCCAUGGAGUUCCUCCUCGACAAGGAGAAUCUGCAUUUCGUCAAGCCGCCGGAGAACGAGUUGCAGAAGGUUGGCGAACGAGUGCCGAGUGAACACGAGCUCAGAGUGCAAAGAUCUUUGCAGAGACUGAACGUCCCGGAUUGGUACAAGAAUUCUCCCGCGGCUCGCGAUGGUUUCCGGUUAAAGAGGCACUCCGAUGCGUCUCAGCACGGAGGCUGGCGUGCUUUGGGCUCAAAAACCACUUCCCUAUCCUCCCUUUCGUCGUCUUCCAAUAGACAGCCGACUACAGGUGCUCUUCUAAGUCCGAGUCCCACGCCGCCUGUAUUUUCGAGAUGGAGCACCAGCUUGCUGAACAGUGCCGGAAGUUCGCCAGCAAGUUCGGCGAGGUCGUCGUUCAACCAUCGACAGCCGUACUUGGGCUGGCGUUCGCAGGAACGAUUGACGAAUCCUCGAACACCGGCGGAACGUCUUGCUCAGGGUAUUCUUCCUCAGUUGCAAGCAGCAAACAAGCAGCAGCAGCAGCAGCAGCAACAGCAACAACAACAGCAGACAACGAAUCAGCAGCUAGAGGUAAGGAACUCGAUAAAGGAGGUAACCUCGGCCAUUGUGCACUACGUGCAAAGCGGUCAGGAGGUUGGUGGAGGUGGCAGGCUGUCGCCUCGACCUCGACCUGAAGACUGGGACGACAGGGGUGGAGCAAGGUCGACCAGCCCCAGAGGAUCGGGCCAGAGCGAUACGGACGAGGCAAUGGCGACGGCAGCUCUUCUGCGGAACAAACCGAGCCCCGGUUCCACGACCCUGGAGGACGUCCUUGACUCCCUCCUUGGGCUGCCAUCCGCGUCGCGUACCCCGAGUCCUGGGCCUGGUCCCGUGGUAACCGGUACAUCUUCCACCAUGCGACAUCGAACUAACGUCGGCCAGGCUAAUGCGAAAGCCGGGAAGAGCUGCAGCGACCUACGCCAAGACCUCCAAGAGUCCGCUAGGAGCGUGAUGGACGUACAAGGAGCCUCGUGUGAGGAGCGCAGCUCGUACUACGUCGGCGAGCUGGUGAGACGCAAGAGCGAGGGCAGCGACGCGAUACCCUCCAAGACCACGGGCACGAUGCAGUCGAAGGGUGGUCCGUUACGUCAACGAAGGGUCUCGUUCGACAACCACGAGACGAACGGGCUGAUGGCCGGUAACGCGACCGAGAAGAUGGUCCGAUGUCGCAACAACAAGUGCAGCAACCAGGCCACUCUGGCCGAAGCGAGGAAGAGUUACAAGAGUUGUCACAACUGCACCUGCCUGUAUUGUUCGAGGGAGUGCAGGAGGGCACACUGGCAGCGUCACCGUAAGACCUGCCUGCACUCCCGGGCCGGAAGCCUGUGCAAGCAGGUGUUAUCGUCCGCGAAGGAGGAUCCGAUCAGCUUGAAGCACAUCUCGGCGCUGGCGAGACGCGGCUACGCGUCCCACGGCCGCGGGGCUGUCAAGUGCUUCUUCUCUUCUCCGGAGACAGCGGAGAAGUUCAUCGCGAACGGUUUCGUGGACUUGGGCGAGCCAACGUACGUUAGGUGGUCCGACUUGCUGGCCAGCGAGAUGGGCGCGGAAUUGUACGCCGAGGUGAUCAGGCUCUGCAAGUCUUACAACCCGGAGACCAGGCUGGUAUUGUACGUCGCCGUUUGCGUGGUCAGCGAGGUGCCCACCAGCGGGGCGGUCAAAUGGGAGCGACAGUUGGUGUCCAGGUGCGCAAAGAUCCACCUGGACUCGGUCAACAGACAGCAUACCUCCUCGUCGUCAGCCUCGCCCCAAGGCAGGCAACAGUCCACCUCUCCCUGCAACAUUACUAGAGAAAUGGAGUCCCCGGAGAUGCUGGUGCUCACCUCGUUACCCGGCAACAACGGUCAGAACACACCGAAGAAGAUCCGAGAGAUCAGUUUCACGAACAUCCAGAGGCAAUUGAAGUUAAGAGGUGUUUCGUUGAGAAGGCACUUCCCUCAGGUGUACAGGAAGCUCCGCGCGUACGUGGACGGCACCGUGGACAAAUUCGCGCCGGUCACCAUCUACCCGAGGGACCAGGCGUCCGGCAAGAGUUUCAUGUGCAUCAUCAUGCUCGACGUGGAGCCGGAACGUCUUCAGCUGCUUCCUACGGACUCUUCGAGGGUCAGGACCGUCGACAUCAGCGUCGAGCAGGAAUGAACGGUAACCGGGGAUGGUUUCUCGUUCGAUCGAAUGAUUUUUUUUUUACUAAAUCGGUAAGAUUGAUCUGCAGAGACGAGGUGUUCGGAGCUGGGGACGGUGCUCUGUUUACCCUUCGUCCUGUACCGCUAGCGAAACGGCUGAAGAAGAUGGAAAACGAAAGUAGAACCGUCCUUCGUAGACGGUUUGCCAAAUCGAGGACGCGUCGAGUGGUGGGAUGACAUCGCACUUCAAUGCAACGUAGGGGUUUCUAUAAAUCGGAGGAUCCAUCCCCUAUGUUUAAGAGAAAUCUACGUUGCCGCGAAGUGUACCAUGCAAUUUCAUACGGAGCAACAAACAAAGUAUAGAUGCUUUCCCUCGGUUGAUAGUAGUUAGGGAACUACUCGCUGAAAGUCAGACAAGUAGUAGUCUUCUCGAUCUACCCAGGGAUGUCAUCUAUACCCCGAACAGAUUACACUCUAAUCAGACCGUACGUUGCAAAAACGCUCUCACCUAAAUUCGGAUUGAGAUAAUUCGUGCAACGAGGAUCGGUUUCCGUGGGCAUUUAACGAGCGUGUUUCUCAUCGACAACUGAUCGCAUUUAUCAGUUUCAUUCGCGAGUAUUCUUCGUGAAGCUUAGAGGUACUUCUAAAAUCGCUUCGAUAGAUCAAAAAAAAAAAAAAGAAAAGAAGAAACUCCUCGAUUUGGUUGUUACUGAUUGUCAAAUGUUUAUUAAUUACAUCGAUCGUCGAACGAGUUAACGAGCGAUCGUGAUAGAACAACGGUUCCUAUCGGCAUUCAGACACUGAAUUGUCCUUCUAUCUUUUUACCAUGAAAAUGAAUCCGUGUACCAAUCGAAGAUUUUUCAAUCGAAACUUUCAAUUUACCACCCUAGCGUUAAUAUCGAUGCUAUUGAAAGUAUGUUCAUUUUCUUUGUUCGUUAUUUCUUUAGACGGAAUAAUGUUAUACUUUCAAGGCAACCGCUGCUCUAAAGGAAAAACGUUCGAAUCGCUGCAAUGUUCGACGAGUCGUUCUCGAAAGUAAACGACGAAGAAAAUAUCUUGUUGUCCUUUCGUUUGGAUUUAACGUAGUUACGGUUGUAUUUUUUGAAUUUUAUCCUAUAUAUUAUAUACAUAAAGAUUAAUUCGACAUUGAUCCCGACACGGUCAGACCGACUCGAGUCGUUCUAUUAUCUCGAGUUAGCCUGAAUCGGUCCGUGAAAAAUGGCAUACUUAGAACCGGGCGUGUUUGCACCUUUCACAGUUCUCCUCUCGUGGAAAAUUCCGAUGGAAAAAUAAGGAGAUCUAAAAAUGUUCAAUCCGUGAACCGACUAGCGGCCGGUGUCCCUUGAAAGUAGACCUUUCUAUACCAGAGUAAUCGUCGAGCUCAAAUCUAAUCACUACCGUUCUCCACAGACGCGAUUUAUUGUGCCAAAAAAAAGUAGAACAGAACGACGAUUUUUCUUGAAACGCGAAGAAAUUAUAAUCUGCACGGAUCGCGAUCGAGACAGGAACGUAGUAUUUUCGAAUCUCAUCUCGUGGACUAACUUCGUGGCAAAGAGGGUGCUCUUGCUUUCGAGGGUGGAAUUUUAUUAUUCCGUUGAAAUUACCGAGUUUUCUUUUCGUUUAUCUAGAAAUCGUAUUGGAAUAAUAGUUUAUUUUAAAAAAGAUUCACUGGCUGUACACGUUACUCGAAAUGGGAUUAAUUUCUCUGUAAGGUAGAACGCGGUUCGCUAUUCUGUUCGGCGAAUGAAACAUUUAACUUUUUCAAUUUCUCGAUUGUCAUCAAUAUUUCAGAGUCGAUACUCUUGUUACGUGAAAUUCUUGACGAGAUGUUAAACGUAAGAAGGGAAACAAUAAUAGUGCCAAUGGUGAAGUUCUUAAUCUCGCAACGCUCAAUUAAAACAUCUUCUUUUCACCAUGUAAAUAUCGAUUAAAAACUGACAAUUUCAGUUCGGAAAAUUUCAGAAAAUGCUUGCAAAUAGACCGAUGAAUAAUAUUUCAAUUAUCCUAAAUUCUUCAUACUUUCAUUUUAUUCUCCCUUUCUUAUCCCAAGAAUUUUACCUUCUACUAACCGAUCGUAAUCAAAAGACUAUGAGAUUCACGUUACUUGAACAGAGUAAUUUCUAGUGCCAAUGGUAGAAUCCCUGAUAGCUUCUGUCGAGGCCGUCAAGCGAGGCAAUUUGAUAAAAUUUCAACGAAUAUAUUAUUCUUGUAACCGUGCAACGCCUUAGUCGAGACGAAUCGCAGAAGCUGAUUUUUCUACAAUUUCUUGUUGCAUCUGCUGUACACCUGACAAAUUUAUCGCUAUAAAAUAUAAAGUACACCUGUAACGAA